UCUAUUUUGGUCCCACCGACCUUGUUUCUCGUGUAUUCAAGAAACGGCAGCGUUCUUGAUGCAUUAUAUACGCUGAUGUUGUAGUGGCCUUUCUUGCAUGCAAAGAAACUUUUAACAGAGAAAGACACCCCGCAGAAGAAUGCCCGCCAUUGCUGUUAGGGCGGCUACGGCUGCCACCACCUCUCGCCACGCACUUAAACCCACUUCCCUUAUCAGUCCCGCCGUCGUCGCUGCCCUUGCUGCUCACCGGUAUAAGGGUGUGAUUGUGGAUGGAUGCACCAAGAUCUUAGCAUGUAAGCCCUCAUCAAGCAACAGCUCAACUGUUGGCUUUGAAUCUAAUUCUCCCUUCUUGCCUCGGUUGUCACUAAGCAGAACUUCACAAGGAUAUAAUCAGCCUCUGCAUGCCUCUUCUUCUAAAGAAAAGAAAUUCUCACACCUUUCUGCUGCAUCAACCUCCCUUUUUGGAGAUCAAAAUAAUGUCUUGCAUGGAAUCCCAAGGCUACCUACUAGGCGAAGAUCCCCAGAGCUUCCUAGAGCAUACAAGAGUGAUUUUUUCAGGUUGCCCUUCCCAGUAUUAGCUGAGAAGCCAGAAUGGUGGUGGAGAACAUUGGCAUGUCUCCCCUAUUUGAUUUCUCUGUAUAUGUCAGAUACGGGGAAUUUUAUCCAACCCUUCCUAGAACAUUACGACUACUUUGGUUUGGUAUAUUUCGUCCCUGGAGCUGUCUCAAGAUUACCAGCUUAUUUCCCUAUGGUGUACUACUACAUUGCGCUUCUUGGAGUUGUGAAGAACAAACAGGUUCCCCACUUCUUUAGGUUCCAUCUCAUGAUGGGGAUGUUGUUGGAAACAGCGCUGCAGGUGGUAUGGUACACAAGCAACUUUUUUCCUCUCAUUCACUUCAAUGGUACGUACGGGAUGUAUUAUUGGGCAGGCGUGGGAUUUGCAUACAUUUUGAUUCUAUUGCAGUGUGUACGGUGUGCUCUUGCUGGCGGGUAUGCUCAAAUGCCUUUAAUUAGCGAUGCUGCCUUAGUUCAUACCAUGUUUAAUAUAGGAGGUUUCCAACGGCCUUUCUAGAAAGUCCUGAUGAUUGGAUUUCUGUACACAUUGGUUUAAAUACAUCGAGAUUCAGGAAGCAGUACUGUUGACAUCUUGAGCAAGCAGGAUGAGGGGAAAACAAGAAGGGGAGGAUUCAGUCUAGAGGGCUAAGUUGUAUGUUAUUCCGCCUAAUUGAGAGAACGUUGAUAGUAUUAUGUUGUGACAGAAUGAUACAGAUAUCAGAUUUCGGUUGUCUA